CAACUCGGAGUUCAGCGAUAGACUCAGAGUUUGUUGAACCUCCUUCCCCUCUGGAAUACCCCCCAUUUUCGAAAAAUAAAUUGUAUCAUAACAGCCGACGUCACUAGCAACCGCCGUCGCAUUACAAUGACGUUGUUAGUGAACGCGCAGAAGGAACUUUGUAGGCUACGACUGUUGUCGCUCUGAAUCCUCGAUCACAUCUUUCUGUCACAGGACCAGUUUUUCGUCCAGGGCGAGUUGAGCAGGUUUGUUAUUGGCCUGAUGGCAGCUGGCGGUAAAGCAUUCGAACAUGUAAAAAAAACCAUCUUAUCAGCUCAUGAAAGCACCUUAUCAGGAGAAAAGGUCACCUUCUACAACUCCUGGGCAGAGAGCUAUGAUCAGGAUGUGGCUGUUUUGGACUAUCGAGCUCCAAGUCUGGCAGCAAACAUCAUUUCAUCCCACUUCAGCAGCGAUCGGGAAGCAGCUGUAGUGUUGGAUGUGGCCUGUGGUACAGGACUGGUGGCCAGACAGAUGAAGAGUCAUGGAUUUGGACAUUUUGUGGGGAUCGAUGGAAGCGAGGCUAUGUUGAUGAUGGCCAGAGACAGCGGCUUAUACCAGGACCUGAAGCAGGCCAUGCUGGGAGAGGAGCCACUACCUGUCCAAAAGGAUUUGUUUGACGUGGUUGUGAUCGUUGGAGCACUAAGUAUUGGUCAGGUCUCAGUUGGUGUCAUCAGAGAGUUGUGCAAGUCCACCAAACCAGGUGGCCACGUUUGCAUGACAACCAGAAGUAACCGUGACAACGUGGACUAUAAAGCGUCUCUGGAGCGUGAGCUGAAGCAGAUGGAGGACGAAGGGCUGUGGACUUGUUUAGAGGUGGCUGAGGUGGAGGAGUGGGAGAGAGCGGUGUCAGAGGACGAGGAGGGCUACAUAUCUGGAGCUGUGUACCUCUAUAAGAAACUAUAACACAUCGAACAACUACAAAGACGUGACAUUAACACACCCACGGAACAACUCAAAAAGAUUGUGAAGGUCCAAAUGGCUCAUUUUUACAAACUUUUCACAAUUUACUUUGUCUUAAAGUUCAAGAUGCAGAGCUAUAAGAAUCAAAAUGUUCAUGACUAAAGUUUUCCAUUUGAACAAUAUUCAUGUUUAAUUCAUAGGCAUGCUUUAUACUUGGCAACUGAAAGAAAGAAUCAAGAUUCUUGCAUAUAUGUAGACUAGAUUGUUAGUAUCCAAUAACUGCUUCCUAAUAGAAAAUUGUAGUAUAAACAUGAUAACCUUGAAAUGAAAAUUGAAUAUGAACAUGACGUUUUGACUUUGUAAUUCAGUAGUCUACUAAAUCCCAGGCAACCCAUUAUCAAUGAAAGUGGCUUUAUAAUUAGAAAAAAGGCUUUGAAGUAAAAACACCAAAUCAUUUCAUUUAAAUUACCUGUUGCUACACACAAGCAUGGAUUGUUAAAAUUAUGUAUUUACUUGGAUAAAAACCCUCAAUUUUUACAUCAAAAUAUUUAUAGAAACGUAGAUUUGAACAAAGUCUUGAGCUAAGUUUUAAUAUUUCAUUCAAUUGCAAACUUUUAUUCCAAUUAACGAUUCCCUCCUAUCUGCCCAGAGUAAGAUUAAAGUUAAAGUGUUCUACCAGUUUGUAGCAGCUUGUAUUUUCUCACCAGCACUGAGAUCAUAUCGAAUCAUCUGAAGCUUCGAGCCAAGCUAUCAAACAAAAAACACAUGUUGUUUUUCCCAUUAGUUCAGGCAGCUAAAGUCUGGAAGUUUUAAUAUUUCAUUUUCAUUUUUAUGUCAAAAUAUUUAUAGAAACGUUGUGACAAUGUGUCUUUUUCUCAAUAAGAGGAUAUGGGCUUCAAAAAUGCUAGAUUUGAACAAAGCUUUGAGUCAGGUUUUCAUAUUUUAUUCAAUUGUGAACCUUAUUCCAAAUUACAUAUGAACAUGGACAGUGAUAAUAUUCUAUUAAACAACAACAACAACAAUCAAUGAAA